AUGUCUGUGUUGGGACUUCAAGAGAAUUCUCUAGAGCAGACAGAAGUGUGGAAAAGGGCUGAUGUGUUGGACAACCUUGAUCAUAGAUGUAUUGGCCAAUCUACUAAUAUACUGCUAGGUAAGGCCAAGGGGAAUCAGGGGAGAAGAUCAAAUAAGCAGACAAGAGAAGCUAGAGCCAACGAGAAAGGCAUCAUCAAUGUUAUCAAGUUCAUGAAAAAAGCCAAGGGAGUCAGGGUCUCCCUUGAAGCCAGAGGCUCUGCCGGGGGUUUGGGAGUUCUGUGGAACCCGCAUAACAUAAAGGUGAUGGAGUUGGAAAGAACAAAAAAUUGGUUGUUUGGAGUGGUUCAUAGCUUGAAGGAAAAUGUUUUUUUUCCAUUGGUCAAUGUAUAUGGCCCAAUAAAGACAGAAGAGAAAGCGAAGGUUUGGAAGGAUAUUUCCGAUAAGAUUGGCUCCCUCAACAAUGAUAGAGUCAUUGUAGAAGGGGAUUUUAAUGCUUUGCUUGAUCUGGAGGAAAAGAGAGGUGGUUUGAAAAUGAACAACAAAGUCAUGGAGUAUUUCAGGGAUUUUGUGACGUUGAAUCAUUUGUUUGAUGUCAUACCAAAGAAUGGAAGAUAUACUUUGACCAAUAGGAGAGAGAACUUUGCAAAAAUAUUAGAGAGGCUGGAUAGAUUUUUGAUGGUUAAGAAGAAAAUUAAAGAAUUGAACAAGGUCUCGUUCAAGAAUAUUUUUGUAGAAAAGAUAAGAGUGGAAGUAGAGCUGGAUAAACUGAAUAAUAAUGUUAUCUCAGUAGGAAUGUCCAACGAUGAAUUUGCUAGAGAUAAGCAACUAAAAAGAGAAUUGUCGGAACUCUUGCUCAGAGAGGAAGUCUUUUGGUGGGACAAGUCAAGAGAGUGUUGGAUCAAAGAAGGGGAUUUGAACACAAAAAUUUUCCAUUCUUCUGUCAAGGUCAAAAGAGCUAAUAGUCGAAUUAGUCGUAUUUAG